GUUUCUGUACCUCAUGCUGCAGCAUGCAAAGCCCACUGAGUCCAUUUCAGCAUUUCUCACCUUGUCUGCUCAGAGGCAAACAUGCAUCUGGUCUGUGGCGAUCGCAACUCUGGAACUGUUCCGGUAUGGUUGUUCUUUUAAAUGACAAAUUCAGAUUAGAUAUCAGGAAGAAAUGUUCUCCUGUGAGGGUAGUGAGGCACUAGCACAGGUUGCCCAGAGCAGUCGCUGGUGCCCCAUCCCUAGAGGUGUUCAUGAGGAUGAGGCUUUGAGCAACCUGAUGCAGUGGACAGUGUCCCUACCCAUGGCAGGGGGAAUUGGAACUGGAUGGGCUUUGAGGUCCCUUCCAACGCAAACCAUUCUGUUUUUCUAGGAUCCUGUGAAACUGGAGAUGGGGAGAGCCUGUGUGGUUUCCUACUAGCAUCAUCUUGGAUUGAAAACUACAUGGUGGUGCUAAUGAGGGCUGGGAAUUGUUUACUUUCUCUCUGUUUUGUUGAAGAAGACACAGCUUCAGCAGUUCCAUUUAGGGUUGGAAGCUCAUUUCUUCCUUCCUGUUCUUUUGAAGCUGUCUUUUCUGAGGACUUCCAUCUCUCGGUGAAGGUACCAAGUCAGUUAUUUUAGUUCUCUGAAUCAAAUGGCUAAACUUGUUACUUCUCAUAGGUGGCAGCACUCAGGAAAAGGUUUUGUUUAUGGUAUUUUUUCCUUCACGACAUGAGUGGCGAGGCACUGGCACAGGUUGCCCAGGGAAGUUGUGGCUGCCCCAUCCCUGGAGGUGCUCCAGGCCAGGUUGGCUGGGGCCUUGGGAGCCUGAUCCAGUGGGAGGUGUCCCUGCCCGUUGCAGGAGGGUUGGAACUAGAUGAUCUUCAAGAUCCCUUCCAACCCAAGCUAUUCUAUGAUUUUUGGCAGGCCUAAGUAAAAAAGUGCUUUGAAGAUUAUUUAAAAUUUGCCUGAAAAGAUUAAAUGUACCUGUUAUCUCAAACUGGUUUUAUAACAGAGUAUUCCGUCAACAUCAAAACUGGAAAUCUUGUGGAAUGUAUAGGCAUUUAGGUGCGAUUCCAAUGUUUAUCAGCACUUUUUUCUUGCAGUGUCUGUUUGGAAAUGUACUUGGGUGUCCCUUCAGCAGCCAGCAGCAAACAUGCUCAGGAAGAGACAAUUUUGAUCACUCAAGCUGCCUGCAGGUUUUCAAGGAAAUGGUUUCAAAUGGUUUGCGGGUGAUACAUAUACAAGUGCCUCGAGUUUCUCCUACAAGAUGUGUUCCACAAAUCCAGCAAACUGGGUCACCUUUGACGACGAGCCCCUCUUCCAGUCGCCUCAGAAAUUAGUUGAUAGUCAGAGUAGUUGUAAAGCAAAUGGCCUCAAACUCAACCUGUCUAGUGUGCACGAGUCUUCGAGCAGGUCGUCUUCUACAGGCAGCACUCCACUCUCAUCUCCUGUAGUUGACUUCUACCUAAGUCCUGGACCCCCCAGCAACUCUCCACUUACAACACCUACCAGAGACUACCCAGGAAGUCCGUGCAUCCCAAAACCUGGGAUUCACAUCCUUUGUCCCAUCCCUGAAUGGCCACCAACCAUUAACCUUCUUCCCUCACCUGGGACUUGCUCAUCCGUAACCUUGCAGAAACCAAGCAGCCUUUCUUUGAACACCUUGCCUCAUGACCAGGCAUUUAAGAAUUCAGUCUCCAAAUCAACAGACGAAGGAAGCCCUAAUCUGCUAGGAAGCUGCGAGGAAUUAGAAUUGUCAUCGUCACCAGGGCGCUUCCUGUGCUUCCAGAGUGACUGUGCUUUUUCCAGUCCUUUUUGGAAGGAGGGAUACUCACUCAGCACAUCACCAGCUACUGUUAGCACACAGAGGAAGGAAAAAGUGCUCAACAGGAGUGCCUGUCAUCCUAACGACAAGGAAACUUGCCAUGAUCAGAAAAGCCUUAACCAGGGUUCGUUCAGCUACAUCUGUGAGAGGCUGGAACACCUGCAAGCUGAUAGCUGUGAUGCUGCAGGAAGCCCGCCUGUCUCCAGCACUGAUGCGUGGCACAAGUUCUCCCCUACUGUCCCACACAGCCUCUUCAGGAGCCGGAAAGUGGAUGGGUGGCCGUUCAUGCUGAGGAUUCCUGAAAAGAAGAACAUGAUGUCUUCACGGCAGUGGGGCCCUGUUUACCUUAGUGUCCAGCCUGGAGGUGUCUUGCAGAUGUAUUAUGAGAAGGGCCUGGAGAAACCUUUCAAGGAAUUCCAGCUGCAGCCACACUGUAAGCUGUCUGAACCCAAAUUAGAGAACUAUAACGUCUCAGGAAAAAUCCAUACAGUGAAGAUCGAGUGUGUGUCUUACACAGAGAAAAGGAGGUAUCAUCCCAAAGUAGAAGUGAUCCAUGAGCCGGAGGUUGAGCAGAUGUUAAAGCUGGGCACCACAGAUUAUAAUGACUUCACCGAUUUCCUUGUAACAGUCGAGGAAGAACUUAUGAAACUUCCUGCCAUUUCUAGGCCAAAGAGGAAUUACGAAGAACAAGAAAUUACUCUGGAAAUAGUGGAUAACUUUUGGGGGAAAGUCACUAAGGCAGAAGGAAAACUCGUAGAAAGUUCCAUUAUCACACACAUUUACUGCUUGUGUUUUGUGAAUGGAAGUGCCGACUGCUUCCUAACCCUCAAUGACCUGGAGCUCCAGAAGAGGGACGAGCGUUACUUUGAGAAGGAGGAGGAGAAGAAAUGGAUUGAUAUUCUCGAUUGCCAUUUCCAUAACUGUGUCAAAGCACAGGCAUUUGAGCAAUCACGUAUUAUUAAGUUUACGCCCUUGGAUGCCUGUAGGCUGGAACUGAUGCGUUUCAGGACACGGUAUAACAGGCAAGACCUCCCCUUCUCUGUGAAGGCUGCGGUGGUGGUUCAGGGGGCAUAUGUUGAACUUCAGGCUUUUAUAAACAUGUCCUCAACUGCUUCAAUACCAAUGCGUUUGCCCUCUGUGAAAUACUGUGAAAAUGUUAUGAUACACUUCCCUGUUCCCACGCAGUGGGUCAAAGCUCUUUGGACCAUGAACCUCCAAAGGCAGAAGUCCCUGAAAGCAAAAAUGAACAGGAGAGCAUGCCUUGGAGCUUUACACGAGGUUGAAUCCGAUCCCGUAAUACAAGUCUCGGUUGGAACAGCAAAGUACGAGAGUGCCUACAGGGCCGUGGUGUGGAAGAUAGACAGGCUUCCAGAUAAAAACUCAAGCUCAGAUCAUCCACACAGCCUGUCUUACAAACUGGAACUUGGAUCGGACCAGGAGAUCCCGUCUGACUGGUAUCCGUUUGCCACUGUCCAGUUUGUUGUUCAUGACACCUGUGCCUCAGGAACAGAAGUCAAGUCUCUAGGCAUAGAAAGCGACGUGCAGCCCCAGAAACAUGUGGUUCAGAAAGCUUUUUACAACUGUCAGGUUGAAAUUGAAAAGAAAUGGAUUAGGCUGGAUGGAGAAGAUCCAGAUAAGGCCGGCAACUGCCUAAUGCAGUAAAAGAAGACCAUAAGCACCAUCCUAGGAUAUUAGUAGGAAUCAGUUCAUCUAGGAAAUCCUACUGGUAGAAACAGCACAGUAGUUCAGGAUAAACACAGUCACUGAUUUUUUUCCCAUUUUUUACUUUUUUGGGAUUUGGUUCUGCAAAUCAGUACUGGUUUGACUGGUCUGAGUGCAAAUAACCUUCCUGUUGUGGGAAUAGUGGUAUGGAUGAGGUCUCCUUGUAAAAAGCUGCAGGAUGUGAGCACUUAAUUGACAGAAUGUGGUAUAUUAUUUUCCUGUUGCAUAUCCAUGACUUGGGAGUGAUCUCAUCCUCCAUACUGAAACCUACUCAAAGAGUUCAUGUCACUUGGACGUAUAAUAUUCAGCAAUAAAAACUGCCAGAGGGCUUAUGUGCAGACCAGCAUCUGGUUAAGGUCUAGCAGGAGCAAUUACAUUUUUAAUGGUGUCUGAAAACCAAAGUCCCCCAUGUUUCUGCUCCCUUCAGUACAGAACAAGUCGUACUAUUAGUCUUGACAAGAGCCUCAAUUAAUUUGUUGGAAACUGGGUGAUUUCAUUGGAAAAAUGGGAAAAGUUCCCCAGCAAUAGUAUUCUUCAUUUCUCUCUGGCUGUAAGCACUCCCUCCCCAAUACUUUAUGGGUUCACUCAGAGUAAUCUCUUGGGCCAAAAAAAAAAAGCUGGCAGAUGUGAGAGAAGUUUCUGUGCCACCAUCAGACAAAUCUUUGUCACUACUGCAUCAAAUAAGACAAGGGGAUGGAUCCUCAGCAAGUGGAAACCAGUUCUGGCCCAUUUCAGUUGAUGAAGCUUAGAGAAUUUACACCAGCGGAGGCUUGUCCCCACCAACUGAAGAAAUGGCUGGUUGCUGCUGGAGUUCUACUAGAGGAUGCAAGUUCCAGAUGUUGGUUUGGAAACUGCAGGAGCUGUCACUUUGAGUAACUUUUAAGACACACACCAUGUCUUUCCAUGUAUGGGAAGAGAGAUGUUUUCAUGCUGCUGGCUCUAAAGGUGUUAUCUGUGGGGAAACAAUGCAAGAAUGGAAGUUUGCAAAAGAAGAUAGCUUGAGCUACCAACCCCCAAUCAAUAUGUUAACUGUGGUUUGAACAAAGUAGAGUUGGGCUUGUUCAGCCUGGAGAAGAGAAGGCUCCGGGGAGACCUUAGAACAGCUUCCAGUGCUGAAAGGGGCUACAGGAAAGCUGAGGAGGGGCUCUUGAUCAGGGAGUGCAGGGACGGGAUGAGGGAGAAUGGUUUAAGCUGUGUGAGGGGAGAUUGAGAUGAGAUCAUAGGAAAAAAAUUUGUCCUGUGAGGGUGAUGAGGGAGGCACUGGCCCAGGUUGCCCAGAGAAGUGGUUGAUGCCCCAUCCCUGGCCAUCAACCAGGUUAGAUGGGCCAUCAAGCCAGGUUGGAUGGGGCUUUGAGUGCCCUGAUCCAGUGAAAGGCAUCCUUACUCAUGGCAGGGGGUUAGAACUGGAUGGGCUUUAAGGUCCCUUCCAACAUUCUGUGAUUCUAUGAUUUAGGGAAUGGUUUCAAUGCUUCUCCUUGGCCCUUAUCCUCUUGGUCAUUUUCUGCAGGCUGGAGCUACAGGUCUGAAAUAUCUGAUACAUUUUAAAAAAGUGCUCCUGGUAUUUUCUUUUUCUUGCUGCAGUUUUCCUUAAAUUAUCCUGACUUCAAACUGAAAUUAGCAGAGAACCAAGUAGUAAUGCACUACGUCUCAGUUUAUAUUUAGUCACAGCUUGUAACUGUUUAUAUGAACAGUGUGCAAAAAAAUACAGAUAAACAUUAUUCCCCAAAAGCAGAAAUGUGUGGGGUGUGCACUAAGAAAAUCACCAGGCUGAGGGAAAAGAAGGCUGUCAAUCACAAUAAACUUUCCCCCCCAUUUGGGAGCUGCAAAUGAAAUGGGUAAUAGUUUCUAUAGUAAGUCCUGAGGGUAGGUUUUUAUGGGUAAUGUAUUGCCAGCACCCCAAACAGACUAUUACAGUAUUUUGGCUCCUCGAUGUAUCCCUUUUUAUUAGCAGAUUAUAUUAUUAUAAAUCUAAGCAAGCAUUUGAGUGUAGUAGGGAUCCAAAUAUGUCUCCGCUUUUGCAUCCUCUGUCUGUGUUUUGACUUGAGAAGCCAUUAGCACCUUCAAAUCACAUUUGGCUUGUUGUAGUCAUAUUUCAUUUUGGUUUAUAUGCUUCUCAGCUGAACUGAGAGGCACAGUGUGCACUAGGGCAAAGCAUUUAAUGCUCAGCAUCAUGGCAGAGCUCUGCAGUUUGCUGGAGUCCAGAGUUAUCCUAGAGCCACGGCAUCUAUUAACAUCUUUGCUCAGUAAGGCAAAGGAAGCAAAAUACAUUCCAGAUACCUGCACUAACCUUUGUCAGAGGCUGACUUGUUUUGAGAGGCAUCAAUACAGCUAAUUCAUUAAAGCUGUUAGCAGCGGUUGUCUUGCCAAGCUGGCACCUAUUCCCUGUUUAAGAAGGAGGGACAGUCAGGCUGCUUUUCUUCUGUCAGGUGUUUGUUGUAUCUUGGUAUGUGUUCACGUAGUGUUGGUCUCUUUAGAUGUGAGCUGCUGUUCUCAGUGACCUGAGUGAUGAACAGCCACAUCACCAGUCAUCUUCCCUCCCAGUUAGUCCAUAUUUUUAUCUGCAAUGGUGCCAAUGAUUCUUCAGACUUACUGAACUUGUUAACAGAAAAGGGUCAUGCUACAGCUUUAUCCAUAUUUCAGAGUCUUGGAUUCCCAUCUGAAGCCUGCAAGACUUGCCAUUAAUUUUAAUUGGAAUUGGAUCAGGAUCACAGGGAACUAAUACCACAGAAAUAAUGCCACACUGAAAGAAAGUUACUCUGUCUAAGGCAUGGCUUUGAGUUUAAAUCUGACAAUUAGAGCAGCCAGAGGCUGAAUAAUUAAUUACCUGUUCAGUCUCAGGCUGAUGUUUGUAAGCCUUGCCAUCAGAAUAUUUAAAAAUAGGCUGGAGUUUAAUGAAAGAAAGUUUGGGUCGUCUGACUUUUGUUCUGCCCCUUCAAAUUCUAACUUCCUAUUCUAUUGCAAGACGCCAAAGCAGAAACACCCUGGUUUCCCCUUUCCUCUGCAUUGUCUGAUGUCCUUAGGUAAAACCUACCGAACAAAACAGUUGCAAUGUUUAAGGGUCAUUUGCUAUCAUUUCCUAUGGACACUGCAGCCAGUGACAGUGAGUAAACAUACAGGCUUGGAGUCUUUAGAAAUCUGGCCUAGUAGACCAACUGUAAUUUUGGGAGAGGAAUGGUUCCUAUAAGCUGUUGUGAUGCUUAGUGUCCAAUUAGCAGAAAGAUUGGAGCUGUAAAUAACCCAGGAGGUGCAUCAGCAUUGUGUGGGGAACCAGGUUCCACACAGUCACAGAAAUCCUUCCAACUGUUUGGGCCACUUAAGAUGCUAACCCUUCACUAAUAUUUACUACAGGGUAUUUAGAUAUUAUCUGUGCUUCCUUCCCAAAAGACUAGCAAGGUUUGGGAUAUUUUAUAGUUUAAGUGGAAAUCAAUGAGAACAGCUAUUUUUAUAGUGUGUUUGCCUUAUUUACAAAGUGGUGUAUUUGCUGAAACUAACAGACUUUAUCUUUGCAUUCAUCUUUCUCAUACACAUUGUAUUACUGUAGGUAAACGGUGCUUGAUGUAAUUUUGGAUUCAAACACCCAUUGAAGUCAAUACAAGUCUUUUAACUGACAAAAUGGGAUCUGCAUCAAAGUCUCUAAGAAUAAAGGAGAGGCAAAAAAAAACAAGAAGAAAGGAAAAGUGGUAAUGGGCAGAAAAAAAACAUCGUAGAAGAUUUUUGAUGCUAGUAAAUAAGCAACCUUCAAUGCUUGCGUAUUCCAAGGACACAAAGGAGAGGAAAAGAGGUGUUAUUUGGUGUCAAAGCUGAAGUUUUGCAGUGCUUGGGAAUGAUGGUCAGCUGCCCCUGUGUAGCAGCUCUUGGGAGAUGAGAAGCAUGGUGCACUCCAUUGAACAUGAUGCCAAGCUGCUGUCAUCCUCACGCUCCUUGCUUUUAUUCCUCCAGAUGCUGUAUUAAUUGUCCAUGAGGACUUUACAUCUGAAAAAGUGUUUUCUUGUGUUGCUUUUAGUUGCAUUUAUUUUACCUGACAGACUUCUUAGCUGCAGUAUCGGUGUCCACACCUCUAUUUCACACUUAUUUAUCUUUUUGUUGACUAAACACCAUAACAAACUGCUGCGGUUAGUAGUUCUUAGCUACAAUUUUGAUAACUCUGAAGCAGUGCUGUUACUCUUAAUGGAAAAUAUAAUUUUAUUUGGGUCUUUUGUCAGUCUAAGUAUAAACAGAUCAUGCUGAUAACCUUGUAAUAACAUUUUGUAGAUUGCAUAUUGAUUAAAAAAAUAAAGUUAUAUUUCAGACUAGCAGUUUCUUGUCCCCCCACUGGAUAUGUACCAAGAUUGGUUUACAUUUGCUAUAAUUGAUUGGUUGAUCUUAUAUUGCAGUUUAUUCGAAAGACCAGUUCUACUGUCUGUGAGUGGGGACAUUGCUCCUCCUUUUGGAUUAAGCUAUUUGCAUAAGGUUGAACAAUGCACUAUAUUUCAUUAAUGAUCGUUUAUAGCAGGCACCUUUCCUGCUGUAUUUGCAUAACAAUAGUAAGCCAAAGAAUUCCUUGUUUUUUCCUGUUGAAUAGAUCCUCUGAUCUUUCUGGGAUCUUUGAAUAUAAUGUAGUGGCAACCAUGUAAGACUCACAAAUUUUAAAAUCUGUCCUUGAAAUGAGCUGUUACUUGGGAAACAGCGAAACCUCUGCGAGGAAAUUUGGGAAUAAGGCAGAGGUUUGUGGGGCAGCAUUCAAAGAAUGGGCUUGAAGUAUAACAUAACCACGGGACUUGUCCUGUGCUGCUGACUGGGAAGCACUGGGACAUACAGUUAACAUCUUUUUUGAUGUCAUUGCUGUUCAGCCCUUCAUCAAGCACUUGCAAAAGGAAAGCAGAAAUGAAGUUCCCUUCUGGAGCUUAAACAGUUUGUGGUGAACAAUAUGAUUCUGGUACAUGAAAAAGUGAGAUGGCAAAUAGCAGGAAUGCAAGUAAAAGCAUGAA